AGACCCGUUUUUUGAUUCCCGGGUGACUUGGGGCCUGGGAGGGAGGAGAGGGCGAGGGGAGUGGCAGCGGCCUCCCCUCGCCCGAGUUUCGGCCUAGCCCGGGAAGUCCGAGCUGGGCCCAUCGGCGCGGCAGCUCCCGGGACUCCCGCCCGCGGCCCUGGCCGGCCGGGCUCCUGGCCAGACUCCGGCUCACUUUCCCACCCUCCCCGCCCCCACCCGCUCCGCCCCACCCCCCACGGCGCCUGCUCCCUUGCCAACCUCUUCCCCUCCCCCCAUAUCCGGUGUUCCGGAACCGGGAUUCCCGGGUCGCCCCUGAGGAGCGGCUGUUUCGGACCCCCGGAGGAGAAACAGACGCUAGGUUGCUUUCUUUCCAGAACCCGUCUCUUUAGUUAGCCGACCCUCCCUCCCUCCCAAAUCUGAACGAGUGCCUGGACCCGAGUUUACCUACUCUCAUUCCUCUCUAGGGUCCCACUACUUGGGAGAUUUUUCUCAUGUUCCACUUACGUAGUCGAAUUCUGGUGUCCUAUACCCAUUCCCCACCCUGAUUCCUCUCCCACCCCAGCCCUCAUCAUCGGAGUCAAGAGCUACAGGGACUCUUCGUUCUUGUAGGAUUGGUGAGACCGUUUUGAAGAACACCCCUUAGAUGCCCAUAAUCGGUGCGGAUCCCUAUGGGGAAGGCGCGUUUUGUUGACAUCUGCCAGGCUUUGGUUGUGAACUCUGAGGCGGCGGCUGUGGAGCUAGUGAUAGCCAUGCUUUCGUAGGGUAAACGUGUUGGUGCUGGGGGCAGGGGAGGGGAUCCACGGAAGAGGAGUGCAAGUGUUUUAAAGCUCAUUUCACUUUUGUUGCUCAUAGAAUGUCAACUUGUGAACUAUUAACAGGCUGUAACGCUUUGCUUUCAAUCUAAAAAUAUGUACUCUUGAUAGAAACCGUAAAUGAAAAAUACAGCUUGUUACCUUGUUUUAAGAUUUUAUUUCCAGAUAAUUUUUUUUUUCAGCCACCUACAUUUUUCAAAAUGUCAGAACAGAAAGGGCACAACUAGAGUUUACUGCUAAUGACCAGUAUGUGGAAUCUGAUUUAGCUUUCCAGAAUUGACUUUUUUGGGUUGUAUUGGCAAAUCACAGUCCUAAGUGAUGACUGUUGAAUAAUAUUUAAGUGAAAUUUCCUGAAAAUAAUCCCCAAAUUAAGGGAAAGUCAAUGUUGUCAUGUGGAUUCAUUAAAAGUACACAUUUUAAGAACUGAAGGCAUUUCCAGCAGAUGAAGUUCUUGGAAACAGCAGCGUUAGUAUGAACCUUGGAUUUGGAAGACCUGACUUUUAGCUGCUCUAGAUUCCAUGACUGUGGGAAAAUGGGCCUCAGUUCUUUUUUCUAUAACAUGAGGACACUGGACUGUUUGAAUUCAGAAAGUUAAAAGGACUCCUGACGCCCUGCAAGACAGAGUUUGGGAAUGUCCUCCACUGCUGUUAUUUUUCCUCCAAAAAUAACCUCGCUGGAAAGUCAUUGGGUGAAAGGGAAUUUGACGCCCAUAGGAACUGGAGGAAAGGUAAUACAAGUGGAGAGGGACCGCUGUAUUUCUGCCGGAGUGGUAAACCCCCCCGGAAGAUUCUGGUACGGAGUUUGGAGACCAAGAGAAUGAGUGUAUGUACUUUGAGUGUACCAGUUUCCUCGCUUCCUCCUGGCCGAAGAUGCAGGACUUUCAGUGAUGCUGGGAUUCUGGGAUGUGUUUCCAUUAAUUCAAAUGCAGAAGACGACGAUGUGGUAGAGGGAAAGAUGGUGGCAGAAGGAGUGAACAAAGAGACAAAGUUACCUGCUAAAAAGAAAAGGAAGAAGGGUUUGCGAAUUAAGGGGAAAAGGCGCCGAAAGAAACUGAUCCUCGCCAAGAAGUUUAGUAAGGAUUUGGGGUCUGGAAGACCUGUUGCAGAUGCCCCUGCUUUGUUAGCGUCCAGUGCCCCUGAGCAAGAUGAAGAAAGUCUUUUUGAGAGCAAUAUAGACAAGCAAAUCUAUCUCCCCAGUACCAGAGCCAAGACCUCCAUCGUAUGGCACUUCUUUCAUGUUGACCCCCAGUAUACCUGGAGAGCUAUUUGUAACCUGUGUGAAAAGAGUGUCAGCCGGGGCAAGCCAGGCAGCCAUCUGGGUACAUCUACUCUUCAACGACAUCUCCAGGCAAGGCAUUCUCCUCACUGGACCAGGGCCAACAAGUUUGGAGUCACUAAUGGGGAGGAGGACUUUACCUUGGAUUUGUCUUUAUCUCCUUCUUCUCCUGAGAGCAAUGGGAGCUUUGAGUAUAUUCCUACGGAUUCAUUAGAUGAAAACAGAAUGGGUAAGAAACGUGAUAAAUCAGCGUCUGAUGCCCUGAGGGCAAAAAGAGGGCGAUUUCUCAUCAAAAGCAACAUUGUCAAGCAUGCCUUAAUUCCUGGAACCAGAGCCAAGACAUCUGCAGUUUGGAAUUUUUUUUAUACUGAUCCUCAGCACGUCUCAAGAGCUGUGUGUAACAUAUGUAAAAGAAGCGUGAGCCGGGGUAGGCCAGGUUCCCACCUGGGAACGUCCACGCUUCAACGGCACCUUCAGGCCACACAUCCCAUCCACUGGGCUGUUGCCAACAAAGACAAUGGUGCUAUUGGAAAUGGAUUGGAUGAGACUGAGACUGAGAGCAGUGAUCUCUUAAAUGAUACUUUGCAUGGAGAGAAGUCAUCAGGCAGCCAGGAUUUAACAGCUGAGGACCUCAGUGACUCGGAUACUGAUGAACCUCCUGUUUUAGAGGUUGAACCUAGAUCUGAGAGUCCUGUUCCUGUUGCAGAGCAAGCCAACCCGGUGCAUGCACAAGAGAGAGAAACACCACCACAUUGUGAGAAUUCAGCCUCCAGUCGGAUAAGUCAGGCGCUUAUUCAGAUGAUUGUGGAAGAUAUGCAUCCUUACAACUAUUUCUCAACCCCAGCUUUUCAGCGGUUUCUACAGAUUGUUGCUCCUGACUAUAGAUUGCCAUCAGAGACUUAUUUUUUCACCAAAGCUGUACCUCAGUUAUAUGAUUCUGUUAGAGAAAAAAUUUUCUUAACUUUAGAGAAUGUUCAAAGCCAAAAGAUCCACCUGACUGUUGACAUAUGGACCCAUGACCCUUCCACAGACUAUUUCAUUGUGACUGUACACUGGGUCUCUUUGGAAACUGCAUCUUCCCCCAGUAGUGGUGGGAGCCCCAAUUUUAGAAAGUGGGCAGUACUUUGUGUUACAGGCCUAGCCAAAGACUGUUUGAUAACUAACAUUUUACAAGAAUUAAAUGACCAGAUUGGUCUGUGGCUUUCUCCUAAUUUUCUUAUCCCUAGCUUCAUUGUUUCUGACAACUCCUCUAAUGUGGUACAUGCGAUCAAAGGAGGUGGUUUUACCCAUGUGCCAUGCUUCCUGCACUGUUUAAAUAUAGUGAUUCAGGACUUCUUCUGUGAGCACAAAAGCAUUGAAAAUAUGUUAGUGGCUGCUAGAAAAACCUGCCAUCAUUUUAGCCAUUCAGUCAAAGCCCGCCAGAUACUCCAAGAGUUCCAGAACGAUCACCAGCUUCCGUGGAAGAAUCUGAAGCAGGAUGAAAGUGGCCACUGGAUCUCUACCUUUUACAUGUUAAAAUGGCUUCUAGAGCAUUGCUACUCUGUUCACCACAGUCUGGGUCGAGCCAGUGGCGUUGUGCUCACUUCACUCCAGUGGACUCUAAUGACAUACGUGUGUGAUAUUCUUAAGCCAUUUGAGGAGGCCACCCAGAAAGUGAGUGUAAAGACCACGGGAUUGAAUCAGGUGCUGCCCCUAAUCCAUCAUCUCCUCUUUUCCCUGCAGAGACUCAGAGAAGAUUUUCAAGUCAGAGGUAUUACUCAGGCCCUUAAUCUGGUAGACAGUUUAUCUUUGAAACUUGAAACUGAUGCCCUACUAAGUGCCAUGCUCAAAUCCAAACAUUGUAUCUUGGCUACUUUGUUAGAUCCUUGUUUUAAGAACAGUUUGGAAGACUUUUUUCCUCAAGGUGCUGAUUUAGAGACUUAUAAACAGAUCCUUGCAGAAGAGGUUUGUAAUUAUAUGGAAUCGUCGCCCGGGGCCUGCCAAAUCGCAACCUCGGAAGCAUCUGGCCCUUUAGUUAGAUUAGGAACUGAUUCAUUUACUUCUAUAAAAGAAGGCACCUCCCAUUCAGGUUCUGUGGAUAGCUCAGCCGCAGCCAGUGUUGCUGUUGGAAGCAAAAGCUUCCUGUUCCCCUCUGCUGUAGCAGUAGUGGAUGAGUACUUCAGAGAGAAGUACUCAGAGCUCUCAGGAGGUGACGACCCUUUGGUUUACUGGCAGAGGAAGGUGAGCGUAUGGCCAGCUUUGACCCAAGUUGCCAUUCAGUACCUGAGUUGCCCCAUGUGUAGUUGGCAAUCGGAGUGCAUGUUUACCACAAAUAGCCACUUUCAUCCAAAGCAGAUCAUGAACAUGGACUUUGAUAAUGUAGAACAGCUGAUAUUUCUGAAAAUGAACUUGGAGAAUGUUAACUAUGACUAUUCUACAUUGAUUCUGAGCUGGGACCCUGAAAAUAAGGCUGUUCAGAACAAUGAAAAAGAAAUAUUACCUUAACUUCUUUUUCCUUUUUCUACUUAAACUGGGCAGCUUUUGCUAUAUUACUAUAUCUUCUUGCUGUUGUUAUUAUAUGUAGUCAUACUAUUUAUUCUUUUAAAAAAAAAUAGCUGGGUGUGGUCACGGGUGCCUGUAGUCCUGGCUAUUUGAGAUGGUGCGGCUGGAUUAUAACUUUAGCACAUGAAUUUGAGACCAGCCGGGGCAACAAUUAAGAUCCUGUCUUACAAAAAUGCAAAACCCGGGGAAAUCCAAAGGUACAAGAAAGCUGAAAACUCCGCAGAGGCCAUAUGAUAAUGAUGAAGAAGAAAUGAAGGUUAACUUUGAAGAUUUCACAGUUGUCACUCAGUGUAGCUAACAUCGAUCAAAGCGUCAUAUCAGUUGAGAGAGAAAAGAGUGUGAAUGAGAAAAGGCAGUGCAGCUUUGAAGGGCUUAGGUAUUUCUGGUUGGUUGAUUGAACUAGUCAUUGAUUUGAGUAAAAAUUUCUUCCAACAUGGAAGGUUUGAUUACUCUGAAAUCAGUGAUUUGUGUAAGUAUUGAUUCAGGACUUCUGUAAGCACAAAGGUGUUUAGAAUGUGUUAGUGGGUGCACUAACAUUCUUUCCCUUCCCUAUUUUUUAAUUUCUUUAAAACCCCUGACACAACUUGACAGAAUGAAAACCCACAAAAUUGUUUCAUAUUUGGAAAUUCAUAAUUACCUCAUACUAGUCUGUUUAUAAUGUCAAAUGACUGGGUAUGAUAAAAUUGCCCUUUAUAGUUAGGAUUAAGUCUGUAUAAAAGAACAUUAAAAAACAACUAGAAAAAAAAUGACUGCUAGUCUUUUAUAAUACA